CAGCGCUUUCUGUACGGACACGGAUGGCUCGUUCACCUGCACCUGUGAGACGGGAUUCACCGGCAACGGUGUUACCUGUAGAGACAUGAACGAGUGCACGGCGGACACGCACACCUGCGACCGUAACGCACAAUGCACGAACACUCUCGGCUCGUUCGACUGCGAUUGUACACCUGGAUUCGACGGCGACGGUGUCUCAUGCUCAGACGUGGAUGAGUGCUUACGAGGAGGUAGCAACAUCUGUCAUAGGAGCGCCAGCUGCAUGAACACCAUUGGAUCGUACAGUUGUUCGUGUAACAUGGGCUUCACCGGGGACGGAGUAAGGGCCUGCGAAUCUGCCAUGGAGUGUUUGGAGGGAACUCACGACUGUCACCCGCAGGCGAUGUGCACGGACACUGACGGCAGCUUCACGUGCACUUGCGACAGCGGAUGGCAGGGCAGCGGCGUGCAGUGUAGCGAGAUUGACGAGUGUUCGCGAGGCACGGACAACUGCGAUGAGAGUGCGAGCUGCACAAACACUGCGGGAGGUUUCCUCUGCGACUGCGACAACGGAUACGUAGGUGGCGGCACUAGCUGCGAAGAUAGCGACGAAUGUGCGUUAGACGUUGACAACUGUGACUUGAGGGCGACCUGCGACAACACACAGGGCAGCUACACGUGUACCUGUACAGCUGGAUACUCCGGAGACGGGGUGCUCAUCUGCAGCGACGAGAACGAGUGCGUGACGCGCAACAACGACUGCCACCCAAACGCCGUCUGUCACAACCGGCCGGGAGGUUUCGACUGCGUGUGUAGCAGAGGUUACGAGGGCGACGGAAAACAAUGCAAAGAUUUGGAUGAAUGCACGACAGGUGUCGCUGUAUGCGACAUCAACGCUGUCUGCUUGAACACAGACGGUAGCUACAACUGUCAAUGCGUCACCGGUUACGAUGGCAACGGAGUCACCUGCAACGACAUUGACGAGUGCGAAGCGGGAAGUCACAACUGUCAUCGGGACGGCGUCUGCGUGAACACGAUGGGAUCUUUCGUCUGCACUUGCGCUACCGGUUUCCGUGGCGACGGCAGGGAGAACUGCACAGAUAUCGACGAGUGUUUUGAGCAGACGGACAACUGUGACGAUGAGAGCCGAGCCUCCUGCUUCAACACGAUCGGCAGAUUCGUGUGUAACUGUAUGGGACCGUACUGGACGGGAGACGGCGUCACCUGCGUCGACGUGAAUGAAUGUCUAUCAGACCCGUGUGCUGGCGGAGCAAGCUGCACAAACCUGGAAGGCGCUCCUGGAUUUUCCUGCAACGACCGGGACGAGUGCUUGCUGGGAGAGGACAACUGUGACGUCAACGCUCGCUGUAAGAACACGGAUGGCUCGUUCCAGUGCAUCUGUCUGGCGGGAUACUCCGGCGACGGCGUCACGUGCGUCGACCAGGAUGAGUGUGCCGAGGGAAGGGCAAACUGCCACGCUGCGCAUGGCAUAUGUACGAACAUUGUCGGCGGCUUCAGCUGCUCCUGUGAGGAGGGAUACAAGGGCGACGGUGUCGACUGCUUCGAUAUCAAUGAGUGUACAGCCAGAUUAGACAACUGCCCAGAAAACACUGUCUGUAGGAACCUCGAUGGCUCGUUCGAAUGCGAAUGCAAACCCGGAUACAAGCAGACAGCUAGCGGAUGCGUCGACAUUGACGAGUGUCUAUCAAACACGGACGACUGUCACGUGCUUCUGGCCACGUGUACGAACACCGAGGGCAGCUACGUGUGCACGUGCAUCACCGGAUACACCGGAAACGGAAGGGACACCUGCCAAAAUAUCAACGAGUGUGAACUGGGAAUACACAAUUGCGACCGCAAUGCCGCCUGUCUGGACGAUCCACCAGGCAGCUUUCACUGCGUGUGUAAGCGCGGGUGGGAAGGAAAUGGUGUCAUAUGCACAGACAUCGAUGAGUGUGCGCGAGGCAUGUGUGGCGCCAACGCUGAGAACUGCAUGAACCUCGAAGGCAGCUUCUCCUGUAACGCCAUCGUUACCGAGACGUCGCCACAGCCGCUAGGGCCAGACGACGCCAUUAUCGUCAACGUGACUGGCCCUGUGGAAGAGACGACAGUAGAGAUCACGACGGUCCCGACAACGUCUGAAAUCACGACUAGUCCGACGCCGCCGCAGGUGACGGAUCCGCAGACGCCCGACCCUACGACCGUCGUUGUCGAUGUGACGACGUUCAAUAUCUCGCGAAUCAUAGACGGCGGAGGACCCGUCAAAGUGAUCUGUAAGCAAGACGGGAUCGAGUUUCGGGUCAACCUACGGCAGGCUUCCGGCGGAAGUUCAACGUUCACGGGGGUCAUCUACGUGAAGAACAACUUUAAGACGGACGCGUGUCGCAUGCGCAUGUUCGACAACUCUGCCGACAACAUGACGGUCUUCUUCGCUAAGUACUCCGAGUGCGAGUUCACGAUCGACGAGGAUAACGGUCUGUACAGCACGACUGUCGUCAUUCAGCCUCACCUGAUGCUGGUAACCCGAGAUGCGCGCGCAUACCGCAUGACGUGCAAGUACGAUGACGGCCUGACGAAGACUGUCGGACCGACCAACGUGGAGAUAGACAUGGUGCCGACGUCUGGCAUUCUGAACAACACGGGCAUCCCUCCCGUGUGCACAAUGAGCAUUACAGACCUGGUCGGCAACAGAGUGUCUACGACCUUCAUAGGACAACCACUACUACUGAAGCUCUUCAUCACGCCAGGAGAGCUCUAUGGCGGGUUCGCUAGGAACUGCUACGCUCGGACAGCGAACGAAGAUUGGAAAUACGAGCUGAUUGACGAACGCGGCUGCGCACACGACUCUAAGAUCUUCGACCAGUUCCGUGAGUCCGAGGCAGGAGAUGGUCUCGUCGCUCGCUUCAGUGCCUUCAAGUUCCCCGGAAACUCUUACCUCAAGUUCGAAUGCGACGUGCGCGUCUGCAUCGGCAAGUGCGAGCCGGUGGACUGUGGAGGAGGAGAGACGGGCUGGGGAAGGAGGAGGAGGAGGAGAGAUCUGAGCGGGGCGGCUAGCGGCGGAAGAACCGUUGAGACAAUAAAUGGCGUCGACAGUAAUACGAUCAACGUGCUGCUGCUGGACAAGCUCAAUGACUCAUCCACACAAGCCGUCGUGCGAGACGCGGGUCUCUCGUACUGCGUCUCUAAGGACAGACUUGCUCUCGGCCUCGGCGUGUCGGCACUGCUAGCUCUCUUCUCCGUCGUUCUCCUGCUCGUCAUGCUACGGGUGCGACUCUUCCGUUCGAAGAGCGAGCCUGACCGACCGCCGCCACGCCUCACCAUCCCCACACCGACGUACACGGGAGCGGGCGCCGCCAGCUCCGUGCUAGAGUACUAACGGGACCGUAACUCCCCCUCUCUCCCUCUUCUUCCUCCACAACGAUGGAACCGCUCGCAUUUUUUCUUAACGCUCGCGAGCGCGUGCGGUCUCGCCUGAUUGGACGAUUGCGGAUCACGCGUGGCGUGACGUCAGACGCGACGCACGUGCGUGUUGGAGCGACGAAGAAACGAGUGUCCAUCGCCGAUGGAAACGUCGGACUGUGACCUAGGCUUGACCUAGACUUAACCUCGGUUUGACCUAGGCUUGCUCUCGGUUUGACCUAGACUUGACCUAGACUUGACCUAAGCUUGACCUAGGCUUGACCUAGACUUAGGCUUGACCUAGCCCUGACCUAGGCUUGACCUAGGCUUGAUCUUAGAUGUGGCCUCUCUACUAUUUGGUAUUGUCAGCAUAUACGACGAUAUCGCUCGUACUAACAGCGAUCAAUAAGCUAGCGUAAGCACACUGCCGAGAGAAACUAAUACUAAUCAAUUAAUUAAUUGCAUUCCGAAUCACGUCAGCGUGACCUUUGGAACGACCCUAUCUCUCACGAUGUAGAACGUCACUAAAACCGAAAACAGGAAUUUCGUCGUUGGCGUUGAGUACAUUACAUUUGCACAAAUAGCGACGAUGUGCGAUUCCUCGAUAGACGGCGCUGCGGUCGUUGUCACGUCAUCAUUCUCAUAAUGUCUUCCUCCAAGACCCGAAAGGGGGCAGUAGUUAAUGGCUGACUUGUGUUCGGCUGUGAAGGAAGGGAAAUCUGAUCGAACUAGAAAGCCCGUCGUCCUUCUAUCAAAUGAGCGACAGUUUUACACCCACGACAUGUGCGCCAUCUAGCGGGCCUCGGCGUGAAACAACAUGGCGCACGCGCACGCACGAGUAUCGUUGGAGCGCUGGUCGGGAUGCUUCGUCGGGUAUAACUGUGAGUUUUUGUUCAAUGUAAUUAUUUUUUAUAAUCAGCGACAGUGUAUAUAGCUCAUUUUUAAGUCGAUAUUUUUCUGUAUGUUUGCUUCGGUUAUUGCUGGAAAUUCGAUAACGAAAAUGCUGUUUUUCACGGUAGCUAGAUCCGGUACGGCGGGUCAAAGGUCAGAGCCUCGAACGGAAGUUCCUGUGAUUGCGCCCUGCUUAGUGCUGAGUCCGUUAGUCCCUCGAGGUUCCGACGUGGCUCGCUAGGGGUCGCGUCAGGCGCAGUAUGGCGGCCGAAGAAAACAAGCUCAAACAUGGUAGAAAGUUCUUCUUCGCUCACUCUCUCAAUCUCACGCACCGGAUAAACAAUUAGAAAGUACGCAGCCCUAAUUGUUUAUUAGCUGGGGGGAAAAAACACACACGCCUGAACGACUAAAACCUGCGCUUGUUACUGGUUUGCACACGUUUUUUGACGCGCGACUUUUGCUCAUUCGUGCGCUAUGUGCGCGAACGCAUGAACAUACGCGGAAGACGAUGUGCUGCCAAGCGCAGAAUUUAUAUGAUCAAGCCGUUGUUGUUUUUUUACUACUACUACUACUACUACUACUACUACUAUUAUUAUUAUUAUUACGUACUGACUACUAAAUGUUAUACUAAUUUAUUACAUCUGAUAUGGUGUUGUACAUGUAUCACGCCAAUGCAUGUAAUAAAUUUACGCGAGAAAUCUGUAUAUACCGGGUUAGAAAAAAAAUGCUUGUAUUUAAUUCAGAUUUAUUGAGAUAUAUAUAUAGAUAUAUAUAGACAGAGAUAUAUAUAAAUAUACAGCUUACGGGCCUAUUAGAAUUCGAAUGCCUAUCAGGCAAGGCCUCGUCAUUAUGACGUCACAGUUCGUCUGUGUCUGCCGAAUAAAUGGUGCAUGCGAUAUAGCAAAUUACUGUUGAGUUUCCUGUCGUCACUGCUUGCUCGCAGGAACAAGCAGCUGAGGCGAUAUGUGAAAGUGAUAUCAAAUUUCAUCGCUAGAUGUCGCACCAACACGAAGCUGCGGCUCAUUUUUCACUGAUGAUGUGCGGUUAGUUACGUCUGGCGUUAUCGCGUCUGACGUUCGCGGCAAUGACGAAUGGAUAAAAUACUCUCGUGCGUCAAACGCCUUGUGAAAGUUGUCCUCAUACAGAAUUCAAUCGCGUCUUUGUUCAAAUUUACAUCGCCGUGGGAAAAGAUCAUUGUUCGAUUCGUUCUGUUUGUAAAAUAGAGAAAAUAAAGAGCCGAUAUUUUAUAUUAUUGUAAAAAGAAUAUAA